CUCAAGACUGAAUCGACGGUCCGAGCAGGGUCGGGCUUGGUCGGAUCAGCCAUACGCCAUGUGAUAUCUACAGAGCCCGAGGGGUCCACAUUUGGCCAAAGACCUGACGAAGAAUGGAUCUUCCUCUCGAGUAAGGAAUGCGAUCUGAGAGACUUCAACGCUACUACGAAGCUAUUCGAAAAGUAUCGUCCGACCCAUGUCAUUCAUCUCGCUGCGCUUGUCGGAGGACUCUUCGCCAACAUGUCUAGGAAGCUCACAUUCCUUCGAGACAAUCUCCUUAUCAACGAUAGUGUCCUACAGAAUAGCCAUGAUUUCAAGGUUCAAAAGCUCAUAUCUUGUUUGUCAACUUGUGUAUUUCCAGACAAGGUUGAAUACCCUCUUCGCGAAUCGAGUAUCCAUUUAGGACCACCUCAUCAGUCCAACUUCGGCUACGCCCAUGGUAAGCGGCUGGUGGAUAUCCAGAAUCACGCAUACCAUGAGCAGUAUGGUGAUAUGUUCACAAGUGUCAUUCCCACCAAUGUCUUUGGCCCCGGUGACAAUUAUGAUCUUGAACAGGCACAUGUCAUCCCUAGCUUGAUCCAUCGGUGUUACAAAGCAGAGAAAGAGAACAAACCUUUUGUCAUCGCAGGAACUGGCAAACCGCUCAGACAGUUCAUCUAUUCGAGGGAUCUCGCCAAGCUGAUCAUUUGGACCUUGAGAUAUUACGAGGAGAUAGACCCGAUUAUCUUAUCAGUCCCCGAGACGGACGAGAUCUCCAUCAAGGGGGUGGGAGAUGCCAUCGUGAAACACGUAGGAUACAAAGGCGAAUACACAUACGACACAACAAAAUCCGAUGGACAGUAUCGCAAGCCAGCGAGCAAUGACAAGCUGAUGAAUUGCAUGAGGGCAUCUGGACUCGAUUUCAGCUUCACGCCCUUCGACGAUGCACUGAGUGCAUCUGUCAAGUGGUUCGUGGACAAUUAUGAGAACGGUGCGCGUAUUGGUCUCCCUGAUUCUUGA